AUGUUAGCCGACGAUGAACAGGUGUCGUGGGUGCGGCACCGGGACCUGCACAUCCUGACGGUGGGCUCGUACACGUACACGAGCGACCAGCGCUUCCAGGCGUCGCACCACCGCGACCUGGACGAGUGGACGCUGCACAUCAAGUGGGCGCAGCGCCGCGACGCCGGCGUCUACGAGUGCCAGGUCAGCACGCAGCCCGUGCGCAGCCUCGCCGUCACGCUCAACAUUGUCGUUCCCACUGCGACCAUCCUCGGCGGUCCAGAUCUGUACGUGAAUAAGGGCAGCACCAUAAACCUCACGUGUACCAUCAGGUAUUCGCCUGAACCGCCUGCGUUCAUCUUCUGGUAUCACCACGAUGAGGUGAUCAGCUACGACAGCGAGCGCGGCGGCGUCAGCGUGGUGACGGACAAGGGCGAGCAGACGACGUCGCGGCUGCUGCUGCAGAAGGCGCGGCCCUCCGACUCGGGCCACUACACGUGCCGGCCCAGCAACGCGGACGUCGCCACCGUCACCGUGCACGUGCUCGACGGGGAGCGUCCCGAGGCGAUGCAGACGGGCGCGUCGGCGCCGCGGUGCCUGUCCAUCGUCGCGACGGCUGCGUCGCUGCUGGCGGCUGCGGCGGCUGUGCUGACCAGCAGUGGUGGGAGACUGGGGAACUCGGACAGUGCGCGCGUCUGUGGCGUGCUUACAGCACUGCUACUGCCGGCGGGCCUACCUGGGAUCGCACUCGACCGAGAGAGCACCUCGCGUCACAGAGGCAGUGCUAUCAGCGAGUCUGGCAACAGGAAUGUGACACCAGGAGCACUUUUGCGUUAA